CCCUGGCAGUAAUUGCCCGUGCACCUGCGGCACAUCUGCACCGCACCACUACAAACUCUCGGAGAUUUCCAGGCCUUGAAAAGUUCCGGCAACUCUCGCAAGCUGAUCAACUUAUGGCAUACUCCAUUGUUCAUGCUCCAAAUCUACCGUGGAUGUUGAAUCCAUGUUCACUACACAGUUCCUUGAUUAGCCCGAGCCCACGCAGCCAGACCAUAAUCUGGAUGCCAUGAGUGUCCAUUCGUUUGACCAUGCGCAGCCCGCAGACCUACCGUCCCCCUCCCAUCACAUAGAUGAUAUUGAAGCCAACCCACGUUCUCAAGAUCCACCAAUUUCGCCAACCACGAGGUCGCCCCCUUCGCCGGAUGCGUUCACCACGGCGGCGCGGCAUAACUCUCGGGAGACGGUCAAGAAUCGCAGGCGGCGCUCGACUACCGCUCGCUCAUACUACCGCGAAGAUGGCCCUCAUGAUCAGAACUGGCAGCCUGGCGAGGAGCCAGGCAUUGAUCCCAACAAACCACUGCCGGCGUAUAACGCCGAAUGGAUGACCAAUACCGCUGCUGACCUGUACAGACGCUGUGAGAUCUCAGUGGUGGACUUUUCUCAACAUGAGAUGCGCCAAUACAUUCUCGACAACGAUACGCUGGAAUCUUUCCUUGCGCGCGAGAGGGAGCCUUGGGUCCAGUGUCGGUGGAUCAAUGUCAACGGACUGAGCUGGGAUGUGAUUCGCAUUCUUUCCAACCACAAAUGCCUGCACCGGCUCGCGAUCGAGGAUCUGAUCAACGAGACCAAUCGCACCAAGGUGGAUUGGUACUCUGAUCAUGCGUACAUCGUUCUCAAGCUCCAGAAGCUAAUCAAGCUCACAGAAGAAGAGGAUGGCAGUGACACGGACGAGAGCAGUGACGGUGGACACGGACCGUGGAUGAGCGAUCGCAAAAGCUCGACUGCCAGCACAAUGUCCCUGAAAAGGCCGACCAAACGCACUUUGGUUCUGGAGGCUUUGAAGGAUAUUUUCCGACCCAAGUCUCAAGAUCGAGAUACUUCAGGGCGACGCACUUCUAGUGGACUAGGGCACACUACCUCGAAAGCGUCCGGUCUAAGUGACCUUACAGAGAAAGAGCUCCCACCGCGCAGCAUUCAGCGACUGCGUGGUGGGCCGAACGAAGACCGAAUUGCCUUCUUGGAACGGCACGCCAUCCUAGCCGCGAAGAGGUUAUGUGUUACGCUCGAGCAGGUGUCAAUCUUCCUGCAUGCAGAUAACACAGUGACCUCGUUCUUUGAGAACAGCGCAGACGACAUCGAAGCUCCGAUUGUGAGACGCCUCAGCUCCCCUGAGACCAUUCUACGUCAAUCGUGCGAUGCAAGCAUGAUUGUGCAAGCGGUACUCGAUGCCAUCAUCGAUCUUGCUAUACCAGUGACGACGGCGUAUCAAGAUGUGAUGGGUGAUUUGGAACUGGAAGUCUUGACCGAUCCUGACGUUGAUCAAUCCAAGAGCCUCUACGUUCUCACGUCUGAGAUCGCUAUUUUGCGUAAUUUCAUGCAACCGAUCGCCACGAUUAUCAACGCACUCCGAGACCAUCGUUCGGAACCAAUUCAGACUCCUGGCUUGGGAGCAUUCAAGAAUAUCGGCACAAAUACACCUACAGGUGAUGGGGCGCCAUACAUAGGGACCGCCACGCCCAAUUUGAAAAGUCUAGGUGGUUCGAGCGUAUCGAUUAGUCCUCUAUGCCAUACCUACCUCGGUGAUGCGCUGGACCACUGUAUCACCAUCGUCGAAGGCUAUGAUCAAAUGCGAAGAGCUGCCGAUAACAUGAUAGAUUUGAUUUUCAACACGAUUGGUGCAUAUCAGAAUGAGAGCAUGAAGCAACUCACCCUAGUGACGUGCUUCUAUCUCCCUCUGACUUUCUUGACGGGUUAUUUUGGAAUGAACUUCGAUGAGUUUUCUGGCAUUCAUCAUAGCGAUUCAUACUUCUGGAUGAUUGCGGUCCCAUUCGUGUUUGCGACGACCAUGUUCUUGAUGCGCGACAAACUUCAGCGCUACAUGGUGUUGCUCGCACAGAAACGCCUAAUCACCAGCUCCAGGAAGAGGCGACAGAGGAAACAGGCCACGGAAAAGACAUGAGCCUGCACUCCGACUUUCUCCGCUCGAUGUUUUCGGAUAUCCAAGUGCAAUUAGCACAAUAUUACCCAUCUUCUGGUUGUAUAGAUGACCUCAUGCCCUGCAUAGCA